AUGUUUCACAAACAUUCUUAUUGUCAUCAUGCAAGCCUAGAAGAAUUAAUAAAAGCCUUUGGAGAAAUUAUUGGGGAAGCGGAUAUGGAAGAGUUAACUAAAAAACCGGCGACUGAGGUGAUAAAUGAAGUAAAAGCAAAAGUAAAAGGGGUGAUUGAAAUUCGGGAAAAAACUAAUAAAACACUUGAAACCAACAAUAGACUUCUAGAAAAGGAUAUUGAAGCCCAAAAAUAUUUUGUCGAAAGCCAAGAAGUGGUUCGUGCUUCAAAAGAGUUGGAGACUAGAAUUAAUGAAAUAAGCGAUGAACUAGCAAACACAAAAAAAAGAUUAGAGGAAGUUAAUAAGGCCAAAGAAGAGGUUGUGAAAAAAAGAAAUGAACUGUCCAAGAGUAAUAGAACCCUAUUAGAUGAAAAAUACCAAAAUUAUGAUGAAUUAAUGGAUGACUUGAAACAGCCAGGGCAACCAAAAGACUUAAUUCUUUUUUAUCAAAAAAUUAGGGAACUGACUACUAAAUUGUAUCAAUUGGCUAAUCAGGAAGCGGAAAAAAAACAAACCGAGGCCGGUUUAAACCAGGCCAAAUCCCAAGUCUUAGCCGAUUUAAAAGAACUCGAAGGAGAAAUUACCGAUAAAAAAAUAACAAAAAAAAUUACUAAUUCUUGGCAAUUAGCGGAGUAUGUGGGAAAAGUAGCCAAAAUUAUUCAAGCAGAAAUAAUUGCCAAAGAGCAGAAAGCCACUAGAACCGCUAAAAAAGAAUUAGCCGACCGAGAAAAUAAAAUUAAUGAUUUGCUUGAAAAUUGUUUGGUUAAAAAAAGUAUGGUUGUUGGUGAUUUGGGUCUAAAUGAUUAUGCCGAAUUAGCGAUUAAACUGGAUGGUGCCAAUUUAGGGACCCAAACGGAUGCCGAUACUAAUGGCAUCCCAGAUGGAAAAACUCUCAAACAAUUAAUAGAUGACUAUAAUUCUGGUCAGAUUAAAAUUACUGCUUACGAGAAAAUUAUCAAGGAUGACCUGGGAUUUGACCCUGCCAGCCCGGAUUUGAACACCCAAAUAAAAAAACAUUUAGGCGGGGUAGAAUUAGCAGGGGUUUCCACAGACUUAAAAAAAUUAGUAGAUAGAUAUAAUAUUAGCAAUGAUUUGCAGGGCAAACUAUCCCAAGUAGAAAAAGAGGCAUUGGCUGCUCAAAAGGAAUUAGAAAAAUACCAGGAUUUUGUUAGAAUACUAGCAAAAAAAAUUGGUGUAUCCGACCAUCAUUUUGAGAAAAAUGACCUUUCCGUUUUGGAAAAAGAUAUAAAUACAGAAAUAGUAGAAAACUUAAGAGAAAAAAUUCACGUUCAAGAAUUAAUAAUUACUGAUUAUCAAAGCGGUGAUAAAUAUAUGUCAAAAGAAAUGAUAAGCAAUAAAAUGCAAGAGACUUUAAAGAUUCUGAAAAUACCUACUUCUCAGUAUUACCAAUUGGCCUCAGCCCAAAGUUUACCAGAGAUGGGAACUUCUUUUGAAAAACUGUUACGGGAAGAAGUUAACCAAAAAGAAAAAGCGAGGAACAAAUUGAUUAAAAUUAAUGUGAUUUUAGCAGUCUUGACUAUUGGAAACACGGUCCCUACUCCUACGGGAGGCAGCAGUGAGGAAUCUUCGGCAAUGGGGGAAACCCUGACCGAGCAAUACUACGUGAAGGAGGAAGAGAAAGCCACGACUAACUACGUGCCAGCAGUCGCGGUAAGACGUAGGUGGCGAACGUUAUCCGGAAUUAUUGGGCGUAAAGGGACAGGAGAGGUUAACGGAACUCCUUGUGGAGCGGUAAAAUGUGUAGAUAUAAGGAAGAACACCAAUAAGGCGAAGGCAGUUAACUAUUCUGAUCCUGACGUUGAGGCACGAAAGCGUGGGGAGCAAAUAGGAUUAGAUAAAUCCGGUCGUGCUCAAAAAAAGCGACCAAAAGUGUCCCCUUUGAUUGCAAAAUCAAAGGAAGUCGUAAUUGACCCCGUAGAGACUAUGAAGUAUCAGGAGAUAGAAGGUUCCUUGCUUGGUGAUGGUUCUUUGCGAAAGGCCAAAGGUUAUAAAAAUGUGCGGUUUUCUUUUCGCCAUAGUCAAGUUCAAGAGGAGUAUUUUCUCUGGAAGGCACAGGCUCUCCAAGAAAUAUCUUCUCCUUGUUCAGUGCAAAAACAAAAAGCGGAUGGAUAUAGCAAAAAUGAAAAAUUGCUUUUCCAAAGCCGUGCGUUAGAAGAAUUGAAUGACCUUUAUAAUAUUGUCUCAAUUAUUUCUAAUGGUCGGAAAGGUGUGUUAUGCACUGAUGGAUUUACCAGAGACGCCGUCGAAAUAUUAGUCAGAUAUCUAAAACACGGAGGAAUUGAAAAAAUUCCUACGACUAAUUUUACCAUUUAUUCCGGUUCCAA